AUUUGUGCUCAGAAGGGCAAAGGAAUGCAGUUCCAAAGAAGUGGAAUACUCACUACACUUUGCGAUCACUCCUUUCAAUGCCCUUGUGUUUCAAAGUGGACAUACUUGUCUUGCCCGAUUUUGGAUGAAUACAACUGUCUUCUAACAUCUCAGUUGGAAACUCAAAGACAAAACAUACUUCAUGAUUCGGAUGACGAAGAAUGCUUGAAGAUAUUAAAGAAUUGCUGGAAGGCUAUACACCGAAUGAUGGGGUGGACAAAGUUCUUCCUGCAGUGCCAGAGCAGACAGAUGUUGCUAAGAUGGCUUUCAGGUCUGAUGUUUUCAUGAUGUUUCAAACGCCAAAAGGGAAGGAACGAACCUACCAAGAUUUGUAAAUCCCACCUUAGUAAAUCUGUAUAAUUAUUGUCAAAUUUGGUAAGCUAAUUGAAGUAUUAGAUAGCAUUGUAUUUUUUGCUCAA